AGAAAAAGAGAAAGAGCUACCAUUUGUUGUUGCACUCAUGUUCUUAAAGAUUUCUUUGAAACACAGAGAGAAAGAGAGAGGGUGACAUGGAGAAGGACAUCUUCCACCACCACUUCUUUCAACAAGUGGUUAUAACAGCCAGGGCUUGGGUAGGUGGAAGCCUGCAGCCAAGAACACCAUUUAGCUCUCCUGUGUGGUCAUCAGAGUAUGCACAAGUAAUCAAAAUGCUGGGAAAUGGACGAUUAGAAGCAAUGUGCUUUGAUGGUGUAAAGCGAUUAUGCCAUAUUAGAGGAAAAUUGAGAAAGAAGGUUUGGAUAAAUACCUCAGACAUUAUUUUGAUUGGUCUCCGAGAGUAUCAGGAUAACAAAGCAGACGUAAUUUUAAAAUACAACGCAGAUGAAGCUAGAAGUCUGAAGGCAUAUGGCGAGCUUCCUGAACAUGCUAAAAUCAAUGAAACCGAUACAUUUGGUCCUGGAGAUGAUGAUGAAAUCCAGUUUGAUGAUAUUGGAGAUGAUGAUGAAGACAUUGAUGAUAUCUAAAUUGAAUUCAGUUUUCAUUUUCUGAAGACAUUAACUGGGAAUUUUGACCAUCAACUUAAGAAGAAUAGAACUUUAUUUACCAUGAGUAUUGUUUAUUAAAACAAAUUGUCUUAA